AUGGGAAAAAUGGUUAUGGAGAUUGUUGCUUUUCUACUUAGCAUAACAGGCUGGGUUCUGAUUUCCUCCACACUGCCCACUGACUACUGGAAAGUGUCUUCCAUAGAUGGAACCGUCAUCACUACAGCAACCUUUUGGUCCAAUCUCUGGAAGACAUGUGUAACAGACUCGACUGGAAUCUCCAACUGCAAGGACUUCCCUUCCAUGCUGGCUUUAGAUGCUUAUAUACAGGUGUGCCGUGGGCUAAUGAUCUCUGCAGUGUGCCUGGGUUUCUUUGGAGCCAUUCUGGCCUUAGUCGGAAUGAAAUGCACAAGGAUAGGUGGCCCUGAGACUACAAAGGCCAGGAUUACCUGCCUCUCUGGACUACAUUUUAUCCUCAGUGGUAUCUGUUCAUUGACAACAUGUUCACUAUAUGCUCACAGAAUAACUUCUGAGUUUUUUGACCCAUUAUUUGUGGCACAAAAGUUUGAGCUGGGGGCUGCAUUGUUUAUUGGAUGGGCAGGAUCUGUCCUUUGCUUUCUGGGGGGCAGUAUUUUCUGCUUCUCAAUGACCGAGGGCUUCAGCAUGAGAGAAUACACCUACACUGGAGUCAGCUCUUUCAUGACAACUCGAAGCAAAAAGGCCAACAGUCCUGUAAGUUCUGAAAAAGAUACAGCAGAUCAAGGCUACACUGUGAGAUCAUUUGGGAGGAAUGCUUAUGUGUAA